GCCCAGAACAACUUCAGCAUGUGUUGACAUUCCGCGCCGUGCGUUCGCCGGGCCUGCUGGUUGCCUUCCAAGAUGGACCUUUUGUGCACCCUCGCAGCCUGACAAGUGACACCCGAAAGCAGCGGUCCAAGAUGAUGUCCUUCAUCGAUCUGGACGACGAGCAGCGGUGGGUGCCCACACACGUCAAUGUCACCGUGCUCCGCGGCAGGGGACUGCGGACCAAGAGCAAACAUGGCAGCCGCUACCUGUACGCGGUGGUCCAGGUGGGCAAGGACAAGUACACCACGGGCCUGGUGGACAAAGCCGAGGUGCCCGUGUGGUCCGAGGAGUGCUGCUUCGAGCUCCUCCCGGGCAUCCUGGAGGAGGAGGAUGAAGAGGGAGGAGGUGGCGGAGCCUAUCCGCCCGGCAGCGCCGACCUGGUGAUCACAGUCAUGCACAGAGUCCUGAUUGGACUUGACGUGUUCCUGGGUCAGACGAUCAUCCCGCUGGGUCGCAUGUUCCGUAAAGGCGCGUGCCCGAGAGACCAGUGGUUCAAACUGCACUCGAAGGCGGGCCGAAAAGCCAAGGAGCGUGGCGAAUUGCAGCUGACAGUGCUGUUCACCCGCAACAACAUGACGGCCAGCAUGUUCGACCUCACUGUCAAGGACGGGCGCCGCUCGGCUUUCGGCAAACUCAAGGAUCGCGUCACGGGAAGAAAACGCCCCGACGUGGAGUCGUCCUCGGCCAUCGUGCCGGGCCGCUACGCCGCCCUCUCCGUGACCCCUGGCCACCCGUCAGGUGACGAAAGCGGGUGCGCCCCCCGUGGGAGAGAUGCGGAAAUAACGGAGGAAAAGAGGAGUGUCAUGAAAGAUUUCUUCAAAGGGAAGCUGCGAAAGUCAUCUGACACCAGGUCGUGCUCUUCGCUGGCCUCUGAAAGCAGCGCCUCCUCCAUGGCCAGCGACACCACCAGCCCUCCGCCGGCUCUCGGCCUGCUCUCGGAUCUCCCCAGCUCACCCAUCUAUAGCACCGUCACACGAGCAGACCCCCGCUAUGGAGACAGAGAUCUGACAAAAACAGUGCUCACCAGUCGGCAUGCCUCUAAUAUCCUCACACAUAAGCGAGCCUUCAGCGAUGAAGCUGGUAAAAUCACAGCAUCUGUGCCUCCGACGAAUCCCACCAUGGAGUCCGUCCAAUGCCAGCAGAGCAUGAGUCAAUCCAAGUCGUCCGUAUGCAUAAAUGGCAGUCACGUGUACGAUUCCGAGCCAUCGAUCCCAAAGAGCGCCGGAGCCCUGUCAUCCAAGUUGGUUUUGUUAGAGAAAUGCUCCCCAUUGUCCCGUUCCCUUCAGAACCUCACCAAGCGAAACGAGGACAAAGGUACUUUAGCAGAAGAGCGACGCUGGUCCUUUGACAAGAUGAAGAAAGAGGAAAAGGAUGGAGAUAAGGAAGCUCGCUGGGCAGAGAUGGGAGGACAUCCUGAGCAGGUGGCAAACCCCUUCGCUGCUGAUUCAUCCGACAAAGGGAGGAAGUUGAGAAAGACCUUAUUAUCUGGAGGUAGGAGUGAUUCUGUCGCAGCAAAACCGGAUGGGAGCCAGGCCGCCUCCAACUCGGAAGGGAGGCUCAGAGGCUGGUUCAGUUCUACAGACUCCCAGAACAAGCCAAGGCUGGAAGUUUCUCCUAAACUAGAAAGCACAACAUCUAUAUCCCCUCCUAUCCCCCCUCGCGCUUCCUCCUCCACUGACUCCCUCCCCAUUGACGAGAAUCACACACACCCAAUCACCCCUCCGUCCACCCCCAUCUCCCCCUCAAACCCCUUCUUUGAGGAGUUGCAGAGUUCCUCUCCAGCUGCACCUAGCUCCUCAACCUUGUUUCACACUUCUCAACACUCCGACCGGGGCACAACCAGUCUUACUCGAGGCACUAGCAAAAAAAACUCCAUUAAGAGGGAGCGUCCGAGGCCUGUCGCUAGACAGGUUUCCCUCCCUGAGUUUUUACCGCAAAGCUCCAAACGCUCAAGUGAUCGUGAUCGCCCCAUGUCAGUGAGCAUACAGGACUGGGAAGACUCAUUUGACGCGUUUGCUUCAAACAGGCUCAACUCCCCCAAUGGAGAUGCCACUCAGAUGCAACUAGAAAGUACCCUCGCAUCAAGUCAGCGGUACAGUCCUCAUGUAGCAAAUAUUAAUACCCAAUUUCAUAAACAAGAGCGACAAAGAUACCAGGAACACCCUCCACCGUUACCGCCAAGGAGAAAUUUGACAAAUGAGAUAUACUCUGAUGGCUGGCUCCACAGAGGCCAAGAGCUGGCAGUCCACAAAGAAGCCUACCUUCUGUCCCAGACUGGAAUGGCCUCACUGCAGUUUGGAAGAGAGUCCGAGUGUAAAAGACCAGGAUCAAGUGUGUCACCAGACAGCGAGACCUCGGCUUCCUUUAAUCUUAACUCUCAGCUUCAUGGAAUCAUCCCGUCCCCGGGAUCAACGUCUGAAGAGUCUCUCAAAAAGUACGAACCCUUGGAAGACAUCACUGACUUCUGGGGGGGCAUGUUAUUUGAACAAGACUUGUAUGGAAGGGUUUGCAAGGGAAAUGUCAGACAACCCACUUUACAUGUUGGACCUGAGAAUGUUCUCGACCAGGAGAAUAUUGCUGACCUUUUGAAGAAGUCCUAUAAUCCUGUCUCGGUGUCAGAGUUAACGACUGGUCGGACUCCCCCUUUGGUAGAAUCUACAGAAUCUUCUACAAUAAGUCAAACCAUAGGCAUCAACAAUAAUGUGAGUUUUCCAUUAACCCUCCCGGAUCUGAACAUGAAUGUGAGCAAUUCUGAUUUCAGCUUCAUAGAUUCUGAUGGAUCUUCUCUGUCAGACGCAAUUGAUGACCACAAAGGCCUCAGCAUUUUAAGUAGGAUUGGUCCACAGCUGUCAAAAGAUUCUAAAAUCGGGGUUUAUCACGAGAUGGCUACUCAUAGAAAUGCUAAAACGCUUAAAGAUUCCUUAAGAGACUCAUCGUUGGAACAAACCAGUUUAUCAAAUAAAAUGUGCAAAGUCUCCCCAGUUUGCCAGGACGUUUUAUUUGAGGCCAACAAAGAUAGCAUUGAUGAAACCCAGGAGCAACUUGUAGCCAGUCAAUCUGAUCUCGGGAUUGAGCCAACUGACAAUAAAAAGGGAAAUUAUGAUGCUUUACAAGAGAUACAAAAUGACCAUGAUGAUGAUGAGAACCUUCAUAAUGAGAAAGAAUUGUUCCCAAGGGUGGUUAGCACACGUUUUAGACCGAAAGGAAUUUCAAGCAUCGAUAGUCCGAGCAGUAUCAGUCUUGGUCAACACUCUUCGAUCGUCAGUGAAGGUCCGUCAUCUUAUCAACCAAGUAAACCAGCUCCAUCUUCCAAUCUGGCAUUGGAUAAGUCACCAAUGCCUUCCACCGAUGACUCCUUACCUCUUAUGUGGGAUUCUAAGACUGAAAACCACUCUGAGAUGUCUUUUGAAGUCCUUCAUGCCAAAGUUGCCCCUCAUUUAAGAAGUUUUUCAGAACGUGAGGAGGGUUGUACUCUCACCUCCUUAACUGAUACAUCUGCCAACCUCCCCUUUUCACCUGCCUGUUGUCCCCUCACAUGUCCCUCAAACACGGGGCUGCAAAGCGCUGGAAGUAAGUCUCUGAUUGUGGCCCCCUACAUGGCUUCCUCCCCCUCCACCCUCAACUUGAGCACCACUGAGCAGCCCCCAUUUGAUGCAUGCCACUCACUCUUGAUUGAGGAGACUCGGCCGGCUUGCAAACUGCCCCGCCAGGAGAGCAGAAUGCACCCAGUGAAACCUUUAACCCAACCAGAGAAGAAGGAGAGCCGUUCAGUUCUGGAAAAACUCAAAUCCACCAUAAGUCCAGGACGCUCCGCCCAUCAGGUGGUGGUUGAGCCGCCGAAAAUUCAGGAGCCCACAGAGGACAGGUCAGCCCUAUAUGAGCACCUGACCAACAUGGAGCUCAUCUCCUUGCUGCUGCAGCAGGACAUGGACAUGAACAAGCAGCAGGUCGCCUCCGAUCGUCAGCGGGCGCAGCUGGAGAAGUGCGAGGCGGACCUGAAGAAGGUCAAGGCCCAGGUCCGUGACUUGGAGGACUACAUCGACAACCUGCUGCUACGCAUCAUGGAGCAGACCCCUACGCUACUUCAGGUCCGCUCCAGACACAAGUGACGCCGGCGCCAAGGCCUCAGUACUGCGAAACACGGAAUAUAUCCCAGCCACUGAACACAUUUUCCCACCUGUAAAAGUGACUUCAAAGAUUAAGUAGACAUAAAAAACUAGGUGGUGUUCCAACAACUACUACAUACAUGCCUGUUGACACAUUAUUAUAUGCAUGCAAGUUAAAAACAACAAAAGAGUACAAAAUAAUAUAAGGAAAGCUUUAGAUACUUUUGCCUCAACAAACUAGAACAAGUUGUGGUCACUGGAUGUUAUUGCAUUCAAAUUCUAAGGUAGCAAUUUAAUGUCAAAUAAUACAGCACAAGGAUUCAUAUGACAAUAAUACAACAGUAGUCAUAAUACAAUAGUAUGUCAUUUGUAUUAUUAUUGAUAUUAUUAUAAUGUACAGCUCUUUGUUACAACUCAGCUGUGGUUGUUGUGAGAGUGCCACAUAAAGUUGAUGUAAAUGCAAAAAAAGAAAAAAAGAUAACCACAGAGCAGGAAAUGGUGUGCGCAAGCUAAAUAUUGUGUAGCCAAACGAAAACAGAAAACCAAGGCGAAAAAUAAACGUGUAAAUGAACAAA